GUAGUAUUAUCAUCUCUAUCGAGCACUUAUUACCAGCAUCGUCUUCGAAGCAAAAAGAGAAUUUUCACAUCAAAAAUGUUCCAAAAUAGUGCUGCUAAACUUUUGGUGCCCGCCAUUCGUGGAGCAAUGCAAAGGCGCUGCCAAUCCGUCGUCUCCGGACCACCAACAAAUCAUGUCUCCACAGCGGAGAAAGUAAUUCUCGGUGGUGGUAUGUGCGUCGCUUCCUUGUUCAUUCCCGGUUGGGUGCUCUACCAUAUCCGUGACUACAAGGGUGGCAAGUAAAUCCGGCACAGCAGGCACGAUUUCAUACUAUUAAUGUUGCUUAUAAAUGUAGAUUGAAAAAUAUAAUAUA